UUCGUGGCGGGAAGACACGCUCGGAUGUUCCGGUAGAGAUCAGACGUAAUGGCCUCUGCCAUGGAGCAGCCGGGGGCUGCGGCCGGGGUGGAGGACCGCGGAGUGGUGAGGGAUGUGCCGCAGGCCGCGGAGGGCAACACCGAGGACCGCAUCCGCCUGCUGCUCAGUAAAAUUGAAGACCUGGAAAAUGAAAUUGAAGAUGUAAAAAGUAAUUUUGAAAUGAAAAAUCUUGCACUAAACAGGAUGAAACUUGCAGCUGCACUUAAAAAUAACAUGGAAAAGGUGGGCGUUGAGAGUAGCAUGCUCACUGAUGACAUGAAGCACAUAUUAAAGCUACAGACGUCGAUAAUGAAGUCACAGGAAGAGUCUUCGGAAUUAGAGGAAAAGCUGCUUGAUGUCAGGAAGAAGAGACUUCAAUUAAAACAGACUUCAAGAAGCAAGCUUUUAGAAAUACAAACGGAGAAGAGCAAACAGAAGGAGGAUUUGGACACUAUGGAAAAUUCGGAAAUGAUAAAGACCAUGCAAAAGAAGCUACAGACGGAGAUAAAGAUUACCACAGUCAUUCAGCAUGUGUUCCAGGGCCUUAUUUUGGGGAGUAAAAUCAACUGGGCAGAGGAUCCUGCCCUCAGGGAAAUUGUGUUGCAGCUGGAGAAGAAUCUCACCACCAUCUAAUAAGAAUCCUGCUUUGGCAUUUGAACAUUGUCAUUUAAAUAGCAGAGUUCAUGGGAAAUUAAGAAGUGGUUUUGGAACUGUUCUGAUGCUUCAGUUCUGAGGGUUUUAUUUUUAAUAUGAUCACUAAAGUGACUGGCAUGCUCUGCAGGAGUCUGAACACAAAGAAGGCAUCUAUCUGGUCCAAUUGUCACAGAAUGUGGACAUUUUACAACCAUUUCCCAGUAGUCCCGAUGUAUCUGUGCAUUGGUUUGUCAGCCAGCAUUAGAAAAGCAUCCACAGUGUAAAGGGUCAUUGAUUGUUUAAGUAAGGUUGUAGGUUGUGACUUUUUAUUUUUUUCCCUUAUCUGUUUAGCAAGCAUUUUAUUUU